UUGGUGGCUGCUGCUGCUGCUGCUGCUGUUGCUGCUUUCAGCGGAGAGGGCAACGUCGCAUUCCCGGAGUUAAGCCAGGCUGGUAGAGUUCGCCCUCUCUGCCCGCUCUUCGUUUUCAGCGCCAUGAGGGCUGGCAGCCUGGACGGCAGGACCGCGCCUUGCGUCUGCGUUGGAUUGUUGUUUGCGCUGCUCGGCGGAGCCGGGACGCUGCGAGGAACUGACACCAGUGAAACCCUCCCAGAAUCUGUCCCAUCUGCUCCUGGGACGCUUCCCCAUUUCAUGCAAGAACCUGAUGAUGCAUAUAUAAUUAAAAGCAAUCCAAUUGUGCUACGCUGCAGAGCCAUGCCAGCGAUGCAGAUCUUCUUUAAAUGCAACGGGGAGUGGGUUCAUCAAAAUGAGCAUGUCUCGGAGGAGAGCAUGGACAAAAUCACAGGCUUGAUGAUUCGGGAAGCAUACAUCAAUGUGACCAGACAGCAAGUAGAGGAUUUUCAUGGACCAGAAGACUACUGGUGCCAGUGUGUAGCCUGGAGUCUCCUGGGAACUUCCAAAAGCCGGAAGGCUUCAGUCCGCAUUGCCUAUUUACGCAAAAACUUUGAACAAGACCCCCAGGGCAAGGAAGUCCCAAUAGAAGGAAUGAUUGUGCUUCAUUGUCGGCCACCAGAGGGAGUUCCGGCAGCAGAGGUGGAAUGGCUUAAGAAUGAAGAACCAGUCAAUGCUGAACAGGAUGAAAAUAUUGACACCCGAGCAGAUCAUAACCUAAUUAUCCGUCAAGCCCGCCUGUCUGAUUCAGGGAACUACACCUGCAUGGCAGCCAACAUUGUUGCCAAAAGAAGAAGCCUGUCAGCCACAGUUGUGGUGUAUGUGAACGGAGGCUGGUCUUCUUGGACAGCUUGGUCCAACUGUAAUGCCCAGUGCGGCAGAGGAUGGCAAAAGAGAUCCCGGACAUGUACUAACCCUGCUCCCCUCAAUGGUGGUGCUUUCUGCGAAGGAAUGUCUGUACAGAAAAUUACCUGCACAUCAUUGUGUCCCAUGGACGGUGCCUGGGAGGUGUGGAGUGAAUGGUCAGUCUGCAGCCCUGAGUGUGAGCACUUGAGGAUCCGGGAAUGCACUUCUCCACCUCCACGGAAUGGUGGGAAAUUCUGUGAAGGUCCAAACCAAGAAUCAGAGAACUGCACGGAAGGCCUUUGUAUCCAAGACAGAAAACCUCUUCAUGAAAUAAAACCCCAAAAUAUUGAAAACCCAACAGACAUCGCCCUGUACUCAGGCCUGGGGGCCGCCGUCAUUGCCGUUGCCGUCAUUGUUAUUGGGGUGACUCUCUACAGGAGGAGCCAGAGUGAAUAUGGCGUGGAUGUGAUUGACUCCUCGGCUCUGACAGGAGGCUUCCAGACCUUUAAUUUUAAAACUGUCCGACAAGGUAACUCCUUGCUUUUGAACUCAUCCAUGCAGCCUGACCUGACUGUGAGUAGAACCUACAGUGGACCCAUAUGCCUUCAAGAUCCCAUUGACAAGGAGCUAAUGACAGAAUCCUCCCUCUUCAACCCUUUGUCUGAUAUCAAAGUCAAAGUUCAGAGUUCAUUUAUGGUGUCGUUGGGGGUGACGGAACAUUCGGAGUAUCACGGGAAAACUCAUUCCGGGACAUUUCCGCAUGACAACAACAAAACUUUCAAUCCUGUGCAUGUGAAAAACAAAACGGCCUACAUCCAGAAUCUCUCAUCUCUUUCCAAGCAAAACGAGAUGAGGGCUACCAGCAUAUUUGGUCAUCUGGGAGGGCGUUUAGGAAUUCCCAACACAGGAGUUAGCCUGCUAAUUCCCCAUGGGGCUAUCCCUGAAGAAACAUCUUGGGAGAUCUACCUUGCAAUCAACCAUGAUGAAUCCAGCCUUCAGCUGGAAGGAAGUGAAAUCCUUCUAGGUCCAGAAGUGACUUGUGGACCUAUAGAACUGAUGGUCUCUACUCCAUUUGCCUUGACAAUCCCACAUUGUGCAGAUGUGAACUCUGAGCAUUGGAAUAUUCAUUUGAAAAAAAGAAAGCAUCUAGGCAAAUGGGAGGAAGUGAUGUCUGUAGAGGAAGAAACCACUUCUUGUUACUGCCUCUUGGACCCAUAUGCUUGUCAUAUCCUUUUGGACUCCUUUGGAACUUAUGCUCUCUUUGGAGAGCCACUCUCUGAUUGUUCUGUUAAAGAACUGAAAGUAGCCGUCUUUGGCUGUAUGUCCUGCAACUCUCUGGAUUACAGCCUAAGAGUGUACUGUGUUGACAACACUCCCUGGGCGUUUCAGGAUGUGAUUUCAGGUGAAAGACACCAGGGAGGACAAUUGCUGGAAGAACCAAAACUGCUGCAUUUCAAAGGGAAUACCUUCAGCCUUCAGAUCUCUGUUCUUGAUAUUCCCCCUUUUCUCUGGAGAAUUAAACCAUUCACAGCAUGUCAGGAAGUUCCUUUUUCUCGUGUGUGGCGCAACAACAAGCAGCCACUUCACUGUGCCUUUUCCCUGGAGCGCUACACUCCUGCCACCACACAACUCUCAUGCAAAAUCUGUGUCAGACAAGUCAAAGGCCAUGAACAGAUCCUACAGAUCCAGACAUCAAUUCUAGAGAAUGAAAGAGGAACAAUCACUUUUUUUUCGCACGAUGACAACUUUCCUGUUCAGAUGGGCCCACAAGCCUUUAAGAUACCUUACUCUAUCAGGCAGAGAAUAUGUGCAACUUUUGACACUCCCAGUGCCAAAGGCAAAGACUGGCAAAUGUUAGCACAAAAAAAUAGCAUCAACAGGAAUUUGUCUUAUUUUGCUACACACCACAGCCCCUCUGCAGUCAUUUUGGACUUAUGGGAAGCCAGACACCAGCAUGAUGGUGACUUAGACUCUCUAGCUUGUGCUCUGGAAGAAAUAGGAAGGACACAAUCCCAACUUUCUAACCUUACAGAAACUCAGAUGGAGGAAUCCAACUUCAGCUACAGCAGACAAAAUGGACUUUAGCCAUUGCUUUUCUUUCAGAGAGUCAAGAGCAAGCUUGCACUGGAAUGGAGUUCCUCUUCACAGGGAAGAAGUCACACGUCCUGAUUUCACCCCAUGCAUUUGCACCAACUUUCACUCGGUGGGUCACUCCUUCUGCCCUCAAGCCACGUCCCGUCUGGAGGAACAGAAGAAGCUGGUAAACCACAACUAUUACACAGAGACUUUUCUAUGCUGGACAAAAAGGAAAAAACACCCCCUCCACACACACAUACACGCACUUUCAUGUACACAAACAAAUUCUAUGCUUGUGUGCUAACAAUCCUUGAGACACAAAGUGUGUAUGAAUACACAGUGCUUCAAACAAGAAAAGAAAAUAUGAAAUUGUUGCAGAUGCUUGGAAUUGUCUUUGUGUGCGUGUGCGUGGAGCAAGGGGGAGUGUUUGAGUCGCUUGUUUUUUGUUUGUUUAGUCAACUUACAGGGUUAGUUUGUAACUUAAAAAUAGGAAGCAUGAAGUCCCUUUGAUGAGUAUGAUCAUCCGGGGGGGGCAUAGGCAAGGAUUUGAGGUUACGGCUGAUACCAAUGGUAGAGAAUGCACAGAAAUAUAUUGUUAUGCUUUGGACUAAUUUUGGGGGCUUAGAGCUAAGCAAAAUGUUUCCUGAAAUAUAUUUUAAAGCCUAUUUCUGAAGGUUUUCUCUCUUUUUUAUCCAUUUGGAUAAAAAUGCUAGUUGCAUAGUUUUCUUUAGAAAUAUUGUCCAUUUUUAAAGGAUAGAGGUUAUGAACGUAUACAUUUUUUUUCAAAAAAAAUGGCCUUGGGUGGAUAGGGAAGAAGGAAUAGUUUCCCAAUGUGAGAAAAAACUGCAACAUGGUCUCUUUUUACUAAAUACGUCACUCUAACUGAGAAAUUCAAGAGGUUAUGCAAACAGAACUCUAAAAAAAAUGUUAUUGGUGAUUUGUGUUUAGGUUACGUGGAAAGCAGCAAUUUAAACCUUUACUUUUGCGAAAGAGGCAUCUGAUACUCCGCUUUAAUUUCAAAAUACUUGAGAAUUUAUUUCAAAUUUGUCUUGAUAUGCUUUUUCGCUGAUUUUAUAAGUAAUGGAUGGACUCUGUUUGGUGGGGGGAUUCAAAUAUGUGAAAAACCGGUUCUCGGUAUGGAUGCCUCUUCCAUAAGUCCAUUCUGGGCCUGGGCAACGAAAAAUUCGCUACAGGUUCUGCCGAAGUGGUGCAAACUGGCUGAAUCCCACCACUGGCUCUGUUACUGGGAUUAUGUUCUAUGACAUGUCUCUCUACAACCAGCCUCCUGAAAAAGAUCCAUGGUAGGAUUUUUCUCCUGGCAUUUUUCCUUGAGAUUUCUUUCUUGUGUGUUGCCCAGGGUCUCAUAGUUUGAGUUGGGUGGCCUUAUACAUCUCAUAUAUGAAGUAUAAAAAGUCAGGGAGGUUGCAGGCCUCUGAAAAGGUGAUUGUAUAAUAAAGGAUAGAGCAGUGGUGGCGAACUUAUGGCACGGGUGCCAGAGGCGGCAUUCAGAGCCCUCUCGG